AUGACAAACGGGGACUACGGGAAGCUCGCCAUUGCUACAGCCGCCAUUCUCGGUAUCCUCACACUCGGGGCACUGGUAUACCUGGUGGUGUGGUACAUCCGACGGAAACUACGUGCCCGACAGCUUCGUCGACAGCAGAUUCAGGGGAAUGAACAAUUCGAUCAGUCCGCAGUGUCCCUAGCCGAGGACACAAGUAGGACUCUAGAUGACUUCCUCAUGAAGGAUAUCCCGCCCGAACGGAGCUCAAUCAUGUUCAGCAGAAGCGGAAGCGGAUCUCCAUCCAUCACCAUCAUAAUUGACGACGCGGACGAAGCUGACCGCUGCAAGCCUUCACCUCAGCCUCAUCUCACAAAACAAGACACCGCACCUUCUUCAUCUGCAGCUGCAGCUACCUCCACCUCGACGCAGACUGCGACUCAAGAGUCAGACUCUGAUGACCUCCGGUCCGAUCAGACUCAGGGGAACUCCCCGGGACAACGUUCGUCAAGCACAACCCCAAGGGCAUCCACCUCGUCGUCGUCCGUCAUUCCAGCAUCGCGAUCAUCCCAGGUUUGGACUACGACUUCUGAUAGUACGUCAUCGGACCAUGCUCAAAGGGGCAGCUCGGGACAACACUCGUUCACCACGACGCCGACAGCAUCUAUCUCGUCCUCUGUCAUCCUGACGGCGGGAUCCUCCCAGGCUUGCACUACGACCUCUGCCGGGACUGAGAGGUUUUCGCUCAUUAGUCAAUCCUCAAACCACUCGCGCCGCCCUCAGAGUCCCGCUGACCCAUCGGCAGCUCGUAGCUCACAGCUAUUUGCUCGUCGUUCGAGUGUUUCUGGUGCAUCAAGUGGUCCGGCUAGUGCAGGUGUUUUGCAGUCUGCAUCGCGCAUUUUCAAUCAGGCGGAGACUUCUCGCAUGGCUUAUUCACGACACAUCGAGUCUGUUGGACCAAGGAGUCCCACCUCUCCCGUUUUCCCAGUGUUGGUAGAUGCUUCAUCCGAGGAUGAUAUGCCCCAAUGGAUAUCGGUUCCCCCUACUCCCUUUCCUUUCGGUCAGGUGUGA